AUGCAGCCCGACAGCGAUGCACCUGUCCCGCCUCUGCGCGUCGCCAUCGUCGGUGGCGGCAUCGCCGGCCUCGUGACCGCCCUCGCCCUCCAGCAGCGUCUCGCCCUCGCUUCCGCCUCGGGCGCCCACCUCCCCCUCACGCUCACCCUCCUCGAGCAAUCGGCGCGCUUUGCCGAGAUUGGCGCAGGCGUCUCGCUCGGCCCCAACGCGCAGCGCGUCCUGCGCGUGAUUGGGCUCGGGCCGGAGCUCGACGCCGUUGCGGGUGAGACGGCCGGCGCGCUCAGCGACGGCGAGCUGUGGUUCCAGUUCAGGGUCGGGCAGCGCGGCGAGGACGAGGGCAAGGUGUUUGCACAUGUUCGCGGCGAGAACGGCGGGCGAGGAAACGUUCACCGCGCCGACCUCCUCGAGCAACUCGCCCACAAGCUCCCGCCCGACAUCGCCCGCUUCCACCACCGCGUCGUGUCGUACCGCCACACGCCGACCGGCGUCGAGCUCGUCUUCUCGGACCCGUCGCUCGCCCCGCUCGAGGUCGACGUCGUCCUCGCGAGCGACGGCAUCAAGUCGCCCGUGCGCGCGCGCCUGUACGAGCGACUCGGGCUCGACGCCGAGCUGCACGAGGCGCGGUACGCCGAGUGGGUCGCGUGGAGGGGAUUGAUCCCGAGGGCCGAUUACGACAAGGUGUUCGAGGAGGACGCCGAGGCGCCGACAAACCGCAUGCACGUCGGGCUCGGGAUGCACAUCCUCACGUUCCCCGUCCGAGGCGGCACGCUCGUCAACCUCGUCGGCUUUGUGCGGGACGAGCAGCACGUCAAGCUUGGCGGCCACACGGGCCCGUGGAGCGAGCCGAGGCCCAAGGACGAAAUGCUCGACGACUUUGCCGGCUUCAGCGAACAGCUCAAGAAGCUCCUGCGAGCCAUCGACAACCCGUCUAUCUGGGGCAUCUUCAGCAUCCCGCAACUUUCUCGAGUGUCGGACGACCGGGUCCUGCUCAUCGGCGACGCUGCGCACGCGACGACGCCGCAUUGCGGAGCCGGCGCCGGCCAGGCCAUCGAGGACGCCCACAUCAUCGCCGCCCUCCUCUGCCACCCGUCCAUCCUCUCGUCGACCGGCUCGUCCCGCACCCUCGCCAUCAACCGCGCCCUCGCCGUCUACGAGCGCGAGCGGCAACCUCGCGCCGCUCGCGUCCAGGAGUGGUCCCGCCAGGCGGGCCUGCUGUACGAGUUCCUUGGGCCCGAAGGCGACGACCUCGAGCGCAUGAGGGUCGCGCUCGAGGGGCGCAUGGGCUGGAUCUGGGAGUACGAUCCCGAGCGGGAGGCGAGCCGGCUCGAGCGCCCCGCCACUGCGCCAGCAGCACGCAUGCCACCAGCAUACCGCCACAGCUCGCCCCUCAGCAGCCUGUCGCCCCUCUCGCCGUUCUCGCCGCGCUCGCCGAACCUCAUCUCGCGCACCCACCUCCCCAGCGACGACACGGCCGGGCACGCGCCCGACGAGCACGCCGACCCCGUCGGCGACCAGGAGCAGCACGGCAUGGCGGCGGGACAGCACGAGUGCGGCGACUGGAGCGAGGCGGGCGGGCGGGCGGUGCGCGGCCACUCGGCGCGCGGCGACGACGUCAAGACGGGCGAGGUCGGCAGCCCCGGGCUUGUCGCGGCGGCGCCAUGGACGCGCAAGGACGGUCAUGCGGGCAGGGAGGAGCAGGGGGGCGGCGCGCUCGAGCGGGAGGACGUGGACGAGGAGCUCUCGCCGACCAGCAUCAAGCACGUCAAGGUGGAGGAGCAGAGCCCGGAGGUGUCGAGGGCGAGGCCACAAAGCCCGAGCGCUCGUGCCGAUAUCGACCUGGUCCCGCGCGACGAGUCGAGCGCGACGUCAAGUUUCAACGUGACGUGGCAGACGUCCGGCCAGUUCAACUCGGUCACCAUUCAGCGCGUCGUCCAGUCGCCAUCUCGGAACAACCGCCCACAAGUUCCGCCACUCACCCCUCGGUCGAAACGCGCCCUCGCCAGCUUCAGCAUCGCCCGGUUCGCCGUCCACCGUUCGACGCCGCCACCGCCCAGCCACGCCGUGCACCAGUACAGCCUCGUGCUCCCCCUACCAGGCUUCGGCCCGCGCAUCAUCGGCACCCAUGGAUCGACGUGCCACGAGUUCAAGCGCGACAGCGGCCUGUGCGAGCUCCAGGUCCUGUUCCGCCAGGGCGGCCUCGCCUACGUCGUCAUGACGGGCACCCGAGCCGCGAUCGAGCGCGCGAUCCACCUCGUCAAGGGCAUGUUCGCGCGCCACACCAACUACAACCCCUUUGAGCGCCGCUACCUCCAGCAGCACGGCCUCGACUGGUGCCGGUUCGACGAGCGCAACCUCGAGUCGCUCGACGGCUACUGGCUCAACGCCGCGUUUGCCGAGCGCGAGUCGCACCCCGAGCGCGAUGAGCCGCCGCGCCAGGUCCAGGCGUCGAACACGGCGCCGCAACCCGUCGACCACGGGUGGGGCAAUCGGCCGACCUCGCGCCGCCACCGCCGCUCGUCGCGCUCGCGCAGCCCGACACGGGCGUCGUGCCGCUCGCCCGUCGAGACAGCCCCGCCGUCGAUGCGCCCGAGGCGGUCGUUGACGCCGACGCCGACGUCGCUCGAGCCGCCUGCCGAGGUCAAGCCGGCCAAGCUCAUCGACCGCCUCUCGUCGCGCUACGCCGACAGCCGUACGACCUCGUUCAGCACGCCGUACUCGUCGCCGGCGCAAUCGACCAGGCCGGCCCUCGCCGCCGCCGCCGUCGAGGAACCGCCCUCGUCGCUCGUCAUCCCGAUCCCCAUCUCGGCCAUCGAGCGCUUCGUCGGCCCGAACGCGGCGGGCCACUUCAUCACGCAGACGACGGGCGUGCGCAUCAAGGUCGAGGCCGGGCUCGACGGCGCGACGCUCCGCCUCGAACUCGGGCCGGACGGCGGCGCAGGCGCGUCGUCGGACGGCGACAGCCUGAGCGAGGCGCGCCAGCUCGUCGACAAGGUGCUCGUCAGCGCCGGGCUCGUCGCGCCCGCGCCGAGCGCGAGCGCGAGCAAGGAGGACCCGCCGCGCGGCCGCCGCAGCUCGCGCGCUCAGGUCAAGACGGGCUCGUCGCGUCACGCGCGCGACGAGCGCUCGGCUGCCCACCGCGAGAGCGUCGUCGAGCAGCGACGCGGCGAGGAGGACGUCGGCGGCGAGUCGCGCGAGCGGGGCAGCAGGGAGGACCGCAGGUCGGGCGAGCGCGAGUCGAGCAGGAGGACGAGGGACAUCGGGUGGGACGAGAGGGAGCAGGAGAGGGGCGGCGAGCGUGGCGGCAAGGAGGAGCAGCACUACUCGUCCGCACUCGACCGCGACACCCAGUACCCCUCGCGCUCGCGCCCCCUUCGCCAGAGCGCGGCGAGCGACCAAUACAGCACCAACCUCGCGCGCUACCCCCCGUCGCAGGGCUACCCUCCCGCUCCCGGCUCGACGCCCCGCACCCGAAUCCACACGCCGUCGCACGCCGCCGACAGCGCCCACGCCCACGGUCACGGCACGCGCGAGUGGGACCGGGACCGGGACCGGGACCGUGGCCGCGUCGACGACGGGCGCUCGAGCGGGCGCUGGACGAGAAGGCCGCCGAGCGAGAUGGUGACGUGGCAGGGGCAGGGGCAGGGGCAGGGGCAGGGGCAGGGGCAGGGGCAGGGGCAGGGGCAGGGGCAGGGGCAGGGGCAGGGGCAGGGGCAGGGGCACGAGGAGCGCGAGUGGGACCGGCGCAGGUAG